AUGACGACUUAUAUUCUUUACAGUCCUGACGGCGUAAUUGAUGAAUUCUUCAACUCGAACACUACUGUCACAAGACAGCAAUGCGAUGAAUUCGCCAUUUGUCGCGCUGGUGAGUUUCAAUCAAAUUUUGAUCUUCUUGCUCGAAACCUACCGUCUCGCUUUGCACCAAACCUAGAAAGGGUCCGCAAAGAGCUCCCGUCUCUCUUCAAAGAUCUCCCCUUUGUUCUGAGCCACAGUGACCUUAACGUAAUGAAUCUCCUCGUCAAUCCCAAAACCGGAAAUAUCACAGGGGUUGUUGACUGGGCUGAAUCAAGGAUUCUGCCGUUCGGCUUCGCGCUAUAUAGGCUUGAGAAUCUUUUGGGCUGGAUAGAUUCAGAAGGGUGGUACUACUACGAUCGCUACCGCGAACUCGAGAGCCUCUUCUGGCAAACAUUUCGAGAGGAAGUUCAUAAUUUCUCUGACGCUGAUUUGUAUUUGAUUCGCGCUGCUAGGAUAGCUGGACUUUUCUAUCAUUAUGGAUUUAAUUUUGACACGAAAGGGGUGGUUCAAAGUGUGCGGAUAGACCAGCCGGAUGGUUCGCUCGCAUAUCUCGAUGCUUUCUGUGCUGCUGAUUCAAAAGACAAUGUCCUCGCCUCGGAGGACAGCCAUAAGCUGGUUCUCCGUUUCGAUCUUGUUGUUGGUAAAGACUUAAAAGAACCCAGUGAUGCGAAAAGGUGUCCUACGGGCUUUCACAUCUCUUUCGUCCAAUAUAACGGUGCCGUUAUCAGCGAGGACAAACUCACUCAUCGUCGGCGGCACAUUAUUGAAGAAAACGGGAUCGAUAUCAUCCAAACUAGCUAUCUCUGCCGGGUUGAUAUCUGCGAUACUAGUGGGCUGGGUCUAGUAUCCCCGAACGGAUUUAAGGGACGUUCCAAGCAUGAUUUUGUUUUCCUCGAUUUGGAAGUGCCCGUGGAUGAGGUGGAGUCCAUAAAUUUUCUGGACGUUGAAACGAGUAAAGAGGCUGGCAAGCUCCUGAAGGUGAACCUUCUGCACUUGUGGCUGAUCUCUAUCGUCCGGUAG